GUCUCUGCCAGCCUGGCCAUGAACCUGGAGCCGCCGAAGGCCGAGAUCCGGCCGGCCACCAGGGUGAUUGGGGGGCCCGUCACUCCCAGGAAAGGGCCCCCCAAAUUUAAGCAGCGGCAAACCAGGCAGUUCAAGAGCAAGCCCCCCAAGAAAGGCGUCCAAGGGUUUGGUGACGACAUCCCCGGAAUGGAAGGCCUGGGAACAGACAUCACUGUCAUCUGCCCAUGGGAGGCCUUCAACCACCUGGAGCUGCAUGAGCUGGCCCAGUACGGCAUCAUCUAGCACUGGACCCCGGCCCUUGACCCCUCCAUGCCGCUGCCCUUUCUGACCCCUGCUCAGGAUUCCUGUGAGCAGGGCCGCCCCCCCACCGGAGGGUUCCAGAGUGUCCAGAGAUUGUGUCUGGAGAUCCCCGCAAGGCGGCGACCUCAGGCCCAUGGAAGCUAGUUGCCAGGAGCCCACCAACUCCCUGCAGGAUAUCCUCUCCGGCCGGC